CGACUUUUGCCCCGACAAAUUUUCCUUUCCUUCGAAGCACACAGCAACGGAACAGCUGGUCGUCGGUGGUUGCUUGCGACUUUUGCACUUAACUGCUUCGUUCCUUUCUUUUCUCCCAUACUUCUAAACGCUAAUCGAUACUCUCUAGAAGAGAUCGUUGGUGAUUUGUAUGACAGAGAAGUGCAAUUAAGUUCACUUCCAUCAAUACAAAUUUCACCCCGCCUUCGCGCAUUUUAUCACCAUCGUCGGUUCAAUAGAAAACACACACUUAGAAGAGUUUUCGCAUCAAUACCGCCAAAAUGGUUAACUUCACCAUCGACGAGAUCAGGCAGCUUAUGGACAAGCCUACCAAUGUCCGUAACAUGUCCGUUAUUGCCCACGUCGACCACGGCAAAUCUACCCUGACCGACUCUCUCCUAGCCAAAGCCGGUAUCAUCUCCACCGCGAAAGCUGGUGAUGCCCGAGCUACGGAUACGAGAGCUGACGAGCAGGAACGUGGUAUCACUAUCAAGUCUACCGCCAUCUCUCUGUAUGGAAACCUACCCAGCGACGAUGAUAUCAAGGACAUCGUCGGACAAAAAACCGAUGGCCGAGAUUUCUUGAUCAACCUGAUCGACUCGCCUGGUCACGUUGAUUUCUCAUCUGAAGUCACUGCCGCUCUCCGUGUUACUGAUGGUGCCCUCGUCGUCGUCGACACCAUCGAGGGUGUCUGUGUCCAGACCGAGACUGUCUUGCGACAGGCUCUCUCUGAGCGCAUUAAGCCCGUUGUUGUCAUCAACAAGGUUGACCGUGCUCUUCUCGAGCUUCAGGUUUCCAAGGAAGAUCUCUACCAGACCUUCCUACGAACAAUCGAGUCUGUCAACGUCGUUAUCUCCACCUACCUCGACAAGUCUCUAGGCGAUCUCCAGGUUUAUCCUGAGAAGGGAACCGUCGCUUUCGGCUCUGGUCUUCACGGCUGGGCUUUCACUAUCCGUCAAUUCGCCAUCCGAUACGCCAAGAAGUUUGGUGUUGACCGAAACAAGAUGAUGGAGCGUCUAUGGGGUGACAACUACUUCAACGCCGCCACCAAGAAGUGGACUACCAAGGGCACUCACGACGGCAAGCAGCUUGAGCGUGCUUUCAACCAGUUUAUCUUGGACCCUAUUUUCAAGAUCUUCUCUGCCGUCAUGAACUUCAAGAAGGACGAAGUUACCACUCUUCUUACCAAGCUCGACCUUAAGCUCCCCAGCGAUGAGAGAGAUAAGGAGGGCAAGCAGCUCCUGAAGGCCGUCAUGCGAACCUUCUUGCCCGCUGCCGACUCCCUGUUGGAGAUGAUGAUUCUUCACCUUCCUUCUCCUGUCACCGCCCAGAAGUACCGUUGCGAGACUUUGUACGAGGGUCCCCCUGAUGACGAGGCCGCCAUUGGUAUCCGAGACUGUGACCCUAAGGGUCCUCUCAUGCUUUACGUCUCCAAGAUGGUGCCGACCUCCGAUAAGGGUCGAUUCUACGCCUUCGGUCGUGUCUUCUCCGGUACCGUCCGAUCCGGUCUUAAGGUCCGUAUCCAGGGCCCCAACUACACCCCUGGAAAGAAGGAGGAUCUCUUCGUCAAGGCUAUCCAGCGUACCGUCCUGAUGAUGGGUGGCAAGGUCGAGCCUAUCGACGACAUGCCUGCCGGUAACAUUGUCGGUCUGGUCGGUAUCGAUCAGUUCCUGCUCAAGUCUGGUACCCUUUCUACUCUGGAGACUGCCCACAACCUUAAGGUCAUGAAGUUCUCCGUCUCUCCUGUCGUCCAGCGAUCCGUCCAGGUCAAGAAUGCUCAGGAUCUGCCCAAGCUUGUCGAAGGUCUCAAGCGUCUGUCCAAGUCUGACCCUUGCGUCUUGACCAAGACCAACGAGUCCGGUGAGCACGUCGUUGCCGGUGCCGGUGAGUUGCAUCUCGAGAUUUGCUUGAAGGAUCUCGAGGAGGACCACGCCGGUGUCCCUCUUAUCAUUUCCGACCCCGUCGUCCAGUACCGUGAGACCGUUGCUGGCAAGUCAAGCAUCACCGCCCUGUCGAAGUCCCCCAACAAGCACAACCGUCUCUACAUGGUUGCCGAGCCCAUUGACGAGGAACUAUCCAAGGUUAUCGAGGAGGGCAAGAUCGGACCCCGUGACGAUUUCAAGGCUCGUGCCCGUGUUCUAGCUGACGACUUCGGCUGGGAUGUUACCGAUGCCCGAAAGAUCUGGUGUUUCGGACCCGACACCGUCGGUGCCAACUUGCUCGUUGACCAGACCAAGGCCGUCCAGUACCUUAACGAAAUCAAGGAUUCGGUCGUCUCCGGUUUCCAGUGGGCUUCCAGAGAGGGUCCCGUUGCUGAAGAGCCAAUGCGAUCCGUCCGAUUCAACAUCCUUGAUGUUACCCUCCACGCCGAUGCCAUUCACCGUGGUGGUGGUCAAAUCAUCCCCACUGCCCGUCGUGUCCUUUACGCCGCUGCUCUGCUUGCCGAGCCUGCUCUCCAGGAGCCUGUCUUCUUGGUUGAGAUCCAAGUGCCCGAGCAGGCCAUGGGUGGCGUCUACGGAGUCUUGACCCGCAGGAGAGGUCACGUCUUCAACGAGGAGCAGCGCCCUGGUACUCCUCUCUUCACUAUCAAGGCUUACCUGCCCGUCAUGGAGUCUUUCGGCUUCAACGGCGAUCUCCGACAAGCUACUUCCGGCCAGGCCUUCCCUCAACUGGUCUUCGACCACUGGCAAUUACUACCCGGUGGAUCUCCUUUGGACAAGACCUCCAAGGUCGGACAGAUCGUCGAGACGAUGCGCAAGCGCAAGGGUCUCAAGGUCGAGGUACCCGAUGUCAACAACUACUACGACAAGCUAUAAAAGGAUUUCCUCAGUGCUUGAUAGACUACGACCUGGUGCCAUUAUUGGCGAAUAUCAUGGGACGACUCGGCGCGUUGCAUCUGGGUUUGUCGCAUGGAUAAUACGAUCCUAUAGGAGAUCGAAAAGGAAUGACCUGUGGCCGUGGAUACAGAAAAGCUACGCAAAGGCAUUGAUCGCGGAACUUUCAUUAGCUGUCGUACAUCUGGUUUGCUUGUACCAUGAAGAACAGAAUUGAUCAUGAUUUAAAUGAAUGCAUUUUUGGAACUGUGAUGUGAUAUUAUCUAACUAUUUUGGAUAUAUGCCAACGAUUCAUUCUCCUUCGAUGCCUAAUUCUAGAACAUCGAGUUGCUCACAAUGCCCCUUGGUAGUUUCAUUGACACCCUAGUACGGGUUUAGGCAACUCUCACGAA